GGCUGCCGCUCACCCGGCUGCCGCUGCUGCAUUGUGGGAAGCGGCCGUCUGAGCCGGACCCACCUCACUCGCAGCCGCCGCCGCCGCCGCCCAGACCGGCUCCUGCAGCCGCCGCCGCCGCCGCCGCCGCCAUGGGAGCUGUAACCGACGAUGAAGUUAUUCGCAAGCGACUUUUGAUUGAUGGAGAUGGUGCAGGGGAUGACAGACGAAUUAAUUUGUUGGUGAAAAGUUUCAUCAAGUGGUGCAAUUCUGGAUCUCAAGAAGAAGGCUAUACUCAGUAUCAGCGCAUGCUGAGUACUCUUUCACAGUGUGAAUUUUCAAUGGGAAAAACUUUACUUGUAUACGACAUGAAUCUCAGAGAAAUGGAAAACUAUGAAAAAAUCUACAAAGAUAUAGAAAAUAGCAUAGCUGCAGCUCAUGAAAAAAUUGCUGAGUGCAAGAAGCAAAUUCUUCAAGCAAAAAGAAUUAGAAAAAAUCGCCAAGAAUAUGAUGCCUUGGCUAAAGUAAUACAGCAUCAUCCAGAUAGACAUGAAACGUUGAAGCAGUUGGAAGCUCUCGGGAAAGAACUCCAGCAUCUUUCUCAUAUCAAGGAAAAUGUUGAAGACAAACUGGAGUUGAGACGGAAGCAGUUUCACGUUCUUCUGAGCACUAUCCAUGAGCUUCAGCAAACCUUGGAAAAUGAUGAGAAGCUUUCAGAAGCUGAAGAAUCAUCAGAUACGCCAAUGGAAGCAGAAGACAAGCAAUAGAUGUAUAUUACUCAGAAGUCUGGUAAUUCAUUUUCCUGAAGCUGAUUAAUAACUAGGGUUCCAAAUUCAUUUUGUACAUUACUUUUUGCCUGAAGUAACUAAAUUAUGUUUCUGAGUGAAUUUUCAUGUUUCUGUACAAUAAAUAGUUGAAAUUACAUAAUAAAGUCUUGGAUUAAUGUUC